CUUUAGGAAAAUCUCAUUUGAGUCUCACAACAACCUUGUGAGGAGUUUGAAUCAAAGAAAACAUGCUGACCCGAGCCUCCUUUCAGUCACUGUUACUCCUUUUACUUUAUUUGAUGACUGGAUAUGGUCAAGAUGGGGUAUUCAGUGGACCUUUGAAACCCAUGACAUUUUCUGUAUCUGAAGGUGAAGAAAAAAAUAAUCAAGUUAUAUUUCAGUUUAAGACUGAUGCUACCAAUGUGAAAUUUCAGUUAAGUGGUGAGACAGAUGACAUUUUUUACAAUCCAGAUGGAAUACUGUAUUAUAAUGGACUCCUGGAUAGAGAAAAGAAAGCUGUCUAUGUACUCCAGGUAGAAGUCUUGGAUGCUGGAGGGAACCAAGUAGAAGGCCCAGUUCCUAUCACAAUUGAAGUUCAAGAUAUUAAUGACAACCGUCCUGUCUUUCUCCAGACACAAUACAAUGGAACUGUAAGGCAGAAUUCACGCCCAGGAAAGCCCUUUGUGUAUGUCAAUGCUACAGACCGGGAUGAUCCCACCACUCUCCAUGCCCAGCUUUUUUAUCGAAUUGCUGUCCAGCUUCCCAAGAUAAAUGAUGUGAUGUAUUUUCAGAUAAACAACAAAACAGGUGGAAUCUCCCUUACCCAAGCAGGGUCACAGGAAUUAGAUCCAUUUAAGAAUGCACGUUAUGACCUCGUGGUUUCUGUGAUGGACAUGGGAGGUCAGACAGAAAAUUCUUUCAGUGAUACUGUACCUGUGAAUAUUGUUGUGGAAGAGAACAUUUGGAAGUCACCAGAGACUAUCAUUGUUAAGGAAAACUCUACUGAGCCUCAUCCUAUCAAAAUCACUCAGGUGCAGUGGAAUGAUCCAGGUGCCCACUACUCCUUAUUUGAAAAGGAGGCACUACCUCAAUUCCCAUUUUCAAUUGACCAUGAAGGAAUUAUCUAUGUGACACAACCCUUGGAUAGAGAAGAAAAGGACUCGUAUGUCUUCUAUGCAACUGCAAAGGAUGACAACGGACAACCCCUAGCAAGACCAUUAGAAAUUCAUGUUGAAGUUACAGACAUUAAUGAUAAUCCCCCUGUUUGCCCUGCUUCAGAGACAGUAUUUGAGGUCCAGGAGAAAGAGAAAAUAGGCAGCAAUAUUGGAGUUUUCCAGGCCUAUGACAUGGAUCAGAAAGACACCGUUAACAGUUUUUUAUAUUAUUCAAUUGUGGAACAGAGUCCCUUGCUUCCAAGUGAUGGUCUCUUCUAUAUUCAAAAUGUUGAUGGAAUUAUCCAGUUAGCUAAAGGAUCCUUAAAAAAGCAAGACCAACCUCAGUAUCAUCUGAAAGUGCAAGUGGCAGAUCUAGCUUUCAAGACAAUCUGUAACGUGACAAUAAACAUUAUUGAUAUCAAUGAUCAAAUCCCCAUUUUUGAAAAAAAUGAUUAUGGCAAUCUGACUAUUGAUGAAAGUGUUGCUGUUGGAACAACAAUUCUCACCAUCCAGGCUACAGAUGGGGAUGAACCAUUUACUGGGAGCUCCAAAAUCCUGUAUAAUAUUGUCGAGGGGGACCCUGAUAGAAAAUUUGUGAUCGACACUGAUCCCUUGACUAAUGCAGGAUAUGUCAAGAUAGAUAAGCCUCUUGAUUUUGAAACAGUGCCAAUAUACUAUCUUGUGAUCAAGGCUGAAAAUCCCGAGCCACUUGUGGAUAAUGUGCAGUACAAUUCAAGCUCCUAUGCAAGAUUUAUUCUUCGGGUGUCAGAUGUGAAUGAGCCUCCUCUAUUCUCCCAGGCAUUGUAUGAAGCACAAAUAUCUGAAGAUGCUGAGAUAAACAACAAAUUGAUUACAGUGAAUGCCACUGAUCCCGAGGGAGAGGCAAUAAGUUACUCCCUGAGUGAAGACACCCAAGGCUGGCUGAGAAUUGAUGGAGUCACUGGUGAGAUCUUUACCAUGGGACACUUGGAUAGGGAAACUGCAAAGAAUUAUCGAGUGAAAGUAAUAGCCACUGAGAAAGGUGGAUCCUAUCUGACUUCAUCAGCAUAUUUCCAAUUAACCCUCCUGGAUGUGAAUGACAACCCUCCUCGGCUAAAGAAAGACUAUACUGGCUUCUUCUUCUGCCAUCCACUUACUGCACUGGGAAGUGUCAUUUUUCAAGCCACUGAUGAUGACCAGCAACCACCUUGGGGUCCACAGUUUGAUUUCUCCCUUGGGAAUGAUGGGUUGCAGAAUGAUUGGGAACUUUCCAAAAUCAAUGGCACCCAUGCUAAACUUUCCAUGAAACACACAAAUUUCGAAGAGAAGGUGUACGAAGUUUCAGUUAAAAUAAAUGAUAGGGGAAUACCACCUUUAGAAAACACUGUCUCUUUCCCAGUCACUAUGUGCAAGUGUGCUACUGAUGGAUGGUGCUUCCAGCCAGUGGAUUCUCUUCCUGGGUUACCCACAACAGGCAUGGCAAUUGGCAUAUUCCUAACUGUUUUUUUGAUCGUUGGUGUGACUUUAACAGCUACAUUUAUCCAUUUGAAGAAAAAGAAGAAUCAAAAUGAAACCAAUUUAGAAAGUGCUCAGUCACCUGAAAAUGUACCUCUAAGGACAUGAUUAUCAAGGGCAGUUUUUGAGUUUAACUACCACAUGCAUAUUUGCCAGUGUGACCUUUUGUUCCAUCAUUAUGCUUUUUGAAAAAUGUAAAAACAUCAACCAAUAUCUGCUCUUUCAGAUUUUUGACAGAAAGUUCCUCUCACCCAAUCUUUAGUUACUUUUAAAUGUUAUACAGGCACAUACUUUCCAUUCUUCCAUGGCAUGUUUCUUCUACGUCACCCUUGGUUAUUUAUCCAAGAGUUUGAAUGAGCAUUGAGACCCAGGAGGCCUGGUACUAUAGUGGAAAGAGUACAAGGCUAGGAGUCAGAAAGCGAUGGAUUCAAAUUCUGUCCCCAGCACAAACUAGGCUGUGUGACAAUGGGCAAUGCAAUUCCCAUCCUGACAAAAUCACAGAUCCUCAAGUAUUUAUAGUCAGGACAUGGAAACUGCCGUUUGUUUAGUACCAUUGCAGAAGGGAAGACAGUAUCUCUCUCUCUCUUGGUACAAGUUCUGCUACAGUAUUUCACUGCAUAAUCGU